AUCAAAAUGAAUUAAAUUCAAAUAUUAUCAUGCUUGAUUUGUCUGUAGAACGAUACGGAGUGCCUUCUGAGUGUUUUGGCCGUUUAGCAAAGGGGUCUGCCCUGAUUUGUCGCUUACAACGAAGAUGAUGCUCUGACGUUGCUCUCUUAUGAUUGUGUUUAUUUGUUUUUCUGUGUACAUAAAGCAAAAUAAAUGUAUGUUAGCCAGCAAUGCAGGUAUUAGCUUUAUUCACUUGAAAUGUAGUUGUAUCAUAUAAUGUAGUAUUUUGUCGUUGUUAUAAUUUCUGUGUAAAGUUAUCCAGAUUUAUACCAGGUAAUACGUAUCAACACCUAAAGAUGCCGCUGUUUCUCAGCCCUGAUACUCACCUUCUCUUUCUGGAAAAGAUAUACGAGCUGAAUCACAUAUAUUCCAAACAUCUCUCCAAUAAGCUGAACGGUCUUCUGUUAUCUAACAAGGAUGUUCGUAAAUUGGAGAAUUUAGAAUCGUUUAGAUCCUCCGUGGAACUGGAGAAUCGACUGAAAAGUCUGAGAAACCGGAUACUCGAAGGAUCUAGCGAUACGGACUCAAUACCAAGGCAAAAUAGCUCUGACGCGGAGAAUUCUAGAAAUGAUAGUAAUAAUUUGAGGUGCAGCUCUGUGCUUAAUCUUUUAAGCGGUAGCAACCACACCGAGGGAACAGGGCAUAGCGGAACCUCUGGUGACGAAGAUGAUGGAGAAUCUGUUUUCGAUUCUUCAGUGGAUCUUAUUUCCAAACACAUACUCGUAACCAAGGAUGUUGACUUUAUAAACUUUUGUAAAAAUCUGGACCAAGAUUACACUCCAAAAUUUCUUAAUAUGGAAGAUAUAAAGAAUAUGGAAGGAAUACACAAUAAAAAUGUAAACGUUACGGCAAGGCGGUCUUCAGAGGAUACAAAAGCACUUAGCGACGCUGAUAGUGUUUAUAGACCAUUUACAAAUUCCUUAUCUUCUUUGGAUGAUGAAAUCAUAUCGGGCUUCAGGUAUGAUAUUUUGGAAAAUGAAAUGGUACCCCUAACUCAAAUGUGUAGAGCGUUAGCCAAUCUUUUGUUUUUUUCCAUAGAAUGCAUGAACAGUUCACUUUAUGGGUUAGACAAAUUUGAAGCCUUAUUGAGCUGCGUAAUUGGUGAACUUGGAAUUAUAAGUAAAGAGUCCGAUCUGGUGCUACAAAGGCUGAAGGAAGAACUUAGAACACAACCACUUGGUUAUCUCGCCUCCUUGUCGGACUAUGAGCGUUGUCUUUCAAAGCUAUAUAAGCUUGAAAAAAAUUUGGAAAACUCAAUAUACAAACACAAGAAUGAAAAGGGUAAUUGUAAUCUUCCGGAUAUAGAAUGCAAGUAUUUAAAAUGCUCAUCUAAUUCUAAAGAUCACAAGGCUAGACGGGACCGUGCGGCCCCUCUUGCAAGUUCUGUGCUUUCAGAUUCUAGAGAUUUUGUUAGAUACACGAACUACAUUGAGCAACUAAGCGUUUCGCAACACUCUUUUGAUGCAUUGAACGCUUCUGUUGUAGAUUUUGAAUCUGGUCUUGAUUCCAUGUUAACAAAUUUUUCUCAACAUUAUAAGGAUCAAAUAUUCUCGGUUCAGCAAUCUUGGGUUAACAAACUUGCUUCUUUUUCUCCAAUAUUGCUUUCUAAAGGAUUAGGGCUCUCCAAACUCCUCCAAAAAAGGCCUUUAAUGCCGUCAGAUUUCCCAAAGUCCACUUUACAUUGCAGUUUUGAGUUAAACGUGGAAAGCUUGCGAGAAAAUGUCUUCUUUAACAUAAAGAAGGGGUUUGAGUGUUUAAGGGCAUUUUACAGACAAAUGUCUCGCUUUCACAAGUCCAGGUAUAAUUCUUUAUCUGGCUGGAACCUUAGAAGUGUUUAUACUCCUUUGCGUAAUGUUGAUUCUCCAAAUGUUCUCUCAGAUGCUACUAAUCUCAUAAACAAAUAUUUUAGUAGCUAUUGCGAAUAUCACAAGAAUCAAAGUACAUUGUAUUUGACAUUAUACAAUCUGAUAUCUGAGGCUUUUCCGCAAACCCUCGGUCAACGGUAUAAUACAGCCAUUCGUAGAAUAUAUACUGGUAGUGAUUAUUCUUGUGACAAAUUUCAAGAUAGUGAACUUUCAGAAUUCGAUUUGUCUCCAGAAUUGUUCAAAAAUGUGGCCAAACUAUUGGAAUCUGUUGUAGAAACGAGUGUGGAAUCAGCGCUUGGAAUGUGUAAUACCUCCUUGCAAAUUCUAAACUGUCAUUCUGAUUGGACCAAAUUACCUGCUCUAUUGGCAUCUCAAUUUGGUCUAUCUAGUUCUGCAUUCGUAAAACGGAUUUCCUUAGAGGGCCCUAGCACACAAGAGUUUAGUUGUAAGAUCCAAAAGGAAUUUCCCGACAUUACAAUAUCUGAUAAAGUUAUAAGUAUGGUUGUCGCAAUGGAAAUGCUUACGGAGGCGCUUGUAGACUACUCUGAGCCUGGUUACGAUUUUUCAUUUCAAACGGGUGAUAUAGUGCAUGUUAAAAUUGCUGGUAGCACAAGUUUAUGGUAUGGGCACGCUGAUAAUGGUUUGAACCGUUGGUUUCCCGCAAAAUUCGUGAAGCCACUGGCUGGUUUUGAAGCUCCGUGGUAUCGUUUCUCAGAUGUUGAUCGUGAAACACCGUUAGAUUGUCAUGUCUCAGGAUCAGAUAAGAUCGUUCCUCCAAGCGCGCGUGCGCUCACAUCCAGAGGAUCCCUGAAGCAAUCACUUGUCCUAUCAAAAAUUGGUCUCAAAGACAAGGUGGAAUGCGAAUUCAAAUGCGCACUUGUUCGCAAGAUUGUACUUCAUGGAUCAAUGUACAUAACAAGAACGCAUCUUGGUUUUUUCUCACAGUUCAACGACUCUACUAUAUUUGGCACAAACACACACAUUCUUGUGCCCCUAGAAGAUAUUGUAAAAAUGUACACUAAGUCGAAAAGGGUUCCAGUCACCAUUGUUUUGAUACUAAAGGAUGGAACUACUCACUCAUUUUAUGGCUUUUCAGGUGUGAAGAAGAUUUAUGCUGCACUUUCUUCUAGGAUUGGUGAUAAAAAGGUUGAUUUCAAACCAACUCCACAACUCGAAUCACUCUUUGGUUCACUUCAACCUCUCAAAAAUACGCUAUUGUCACAGGAAUUAAGUGUCUCACUACAAAAAUUUUAUGAGAUUGCCUUUGGCAACAAUGUAGAAAAGGGGUUUGCAAUUGCAGACACAAGGCUUGCUCAGCAAGCUUUUGAGUUCGAGGGUGAUAUUUCUCCCGUUGUAUUCGAUUGGAAAUCAGAAGCUCUGCAGUUUAAUAAAAUCGAACUCUCAUAUAAAUUUAGGCUUAAAGAGGGUAAGGCUUCUAGUCGUUUUAUCCCAUGUACAUGUGGGAAAACGAUUGAAGAUAUCAGAUACGCACUCGUGGAUAAAAAGUAUUUUGUAUAUCAAUCAACGAGCACACUCCAGGAUAUUCCCUACUCCAAGUACUUUAAUACGGUCUUUAGAGUUAUUGGAACAUCAAUUGCCGAAAAUAGAAUUCACCUGCAAAUUGAAACAGAAGUAGUAUUCGUCAAACAAACGCUCUUUUCUGGUAUAAUAACAUCAGAAGCACUCGAAAAACUAGAAGCUGCAGCCAAAAUCAUACAAGCUGCCUUCCCAGGAGAACAUAAACCCGUGCAAAAACAAGACACACACAAAUCAGAAACUCAAGCACCAACCUUUGACAUACAAAAACAUGUCACAACUAUCCUUGUCGUAGCGGCAAUAGGAGUUGCAACGAGAUGGUUUGCAAAAUCGCUUCAUCUCAGAUUCAUGAGCUAA